AUGGCUCCCACGGCUCCUUCUGCGGCCUCGACCUCCCCGGCCAAGAAGACUUCUGUUCCAGAGAAGAAAUACAAGUGUCAAUUUUGCAAUCGUGCUUUCAGUCGCAGUGAACAUCGCAGCCGACACGAGCGAUCCCACACCAAGGAACGUCCAUUCAAAUGCUUAAAAUGCCGCAGCACCUUCGUGCGUCGAGAUUUGCUUCUCCGUCAUGACCGUACCGUUCAUGCCAAGGAUGGAGGCAUUCCUCUCGUCAGCGAAGGUCGCAGACGUGGUGGUAACGCAGGUACUCAAAAGAGCCCUCCUACUACCGCCGCCCCUCCCAAACCCUCUAUUACUAUUGAUCCUGCCACUUUAGAGCAAAUCGAGGCAAGCAGUGAUGGUAUGGUCGACCUUGAAACAGCAGCCAUGUUGAUGACCGAUUUCCAACAUAAGGCCGCUGCUGCCGCUACUGGUCAUGUGCAAGACCGCACUGGCUCCGAUCGCUCGUUCUCGCCUAAUCGUGGAUCUCUUCUCGAUCAGCAUGCCUCUUACCUGUCCGGAAACGCAACGCUUCCUCAGAUGCCUUGGGACUCGUUGGUUUCGCCCACUGAGACAAAGCAUCAUAUGGCUGGUUUCGGUUCUCAAGAUGCUGGUUCGCAUGGUCAUCAAUUGUCAAUGAUGUCGGCUCGAGAUACCUUGGCGCCUUCUUUGCAUUCCCUUGUCGAUUCAUUGCCCAUGUCUGGCAAUUCUACUCCCAAUGCGCUGUCGCCUUACCCCUCAAUGACCGGCCCUGUCAGCCCAGUCAAUUACCGUCGCUCUCCUGGCCCCAGUCAAGCGCUUACUCUACCAAAGGCCCCUCAACUUGUGAAUGAGAUGGAGAGACAACGUAUUGUGGAAAAUGUCAAGAAUUCCGACACCCUUUCGGCUCUACCAGAAGGCUUCCAGCUUCCCUCCACAGCAUCGUUGAACAAGUAUCUUUCGACUUACUUCAACCUUUACCAUCACCACCUUCCAUUCUUGCAUCAGGGCUCAUUCAAGCCUACGGAAGCCUCGCCCCCUCUUCUCCUGGCCGUACUUUCCAUCGGUGCUCUUUACACGUUUGAGCGGGAGCAUGCAUUCAUGCUACACGUCGGAUCCAAGGUCCUCGUUAACCAGUUCCUUCAGCAAAAAGACAACUUUGACUCGCGAAAAUGCCCUCUGUGGGCUAUGCAAAGUACUUUACUGAACAUGAUUUUUGAGAGCUGGAGUGGAGAUCCAAAGGGUCUUGAAUGGACUUGCUCAAUCAAGAGUUUGCUCGCUAAUAUGGUUGCUGGAAAUCGCUACCAAUUGAAGCUCCGCACUGAGGCUCGUGAAGGUCGGCUACCCUCUCAUGAUCAGUGGAUUGAGGACGAGUCUUGCCGUCGGACGUACUACGCCGUCUACAUCUUCUUCGGCAUGCUUACUUUGACUUUCAACCAUACUCCCGCCAUGAGCUUGGAUGAACUUGAUAGCUUGGAAUUGCCCUCUUCAGAGUCGCUGUGGAGUCUUGAUGUGACCGACGAGGACUCCUGGCACCGCGCGUUGAGCACUGUCAUCCCCGUCAACAUUCGGGAAGCACAUGAUCGAUUGUUCCAGGGUGAACAGACAAGAUAUAGUGCCUUUGCUACUCGAGUCAUGAUCAAUGCCCUCUUCCUUCAAGUCUGGAGUCACAAGCGCAGUUUUGAGGCUCUUCAGGAUGUAGUGACCGAGUACAAGCUCCGCCUCGCCCUGGAGACUUGGGAGAACUCUCUUGAGCUGUGUGAACCCGAGACCAUUGUGGUCCCCUUGAGCACGCCUCAAAAGGGUCAUCCUUUGAUCUUCAACUCCAUGGCCAUUUACCGCAACACCCGUGCUCGGUUGGCAGUGGACCUCAAGUCCGUUCAGGAAGCUCUCCGCUACCACUCCUCGUACGAGGUCGCUGCUGCUAUGACGGUUGCUCGCGACAAGGUCAAGCGGUCUCCCGAGAUGAACAAUGUCAUCCAACAAUGCUUCGAGUGCAUUGAGAUUGCUGCUGUUCAAGGCAUCAACUGGGUCGCCAAGACGUCUGCUACCAACUGGAGCGUCGAGCACCCUCUUUGUGGCUUGGAUCUUAUGGUCAUCCUCAGCCUGUGGCUCUAUCGCCUGGAACAUGACGAGGAGCCAGCCACGGAAGCCGAGAUUGCCAUCUACAGCAAGGUUCGCAAUCUAUUCGACGAUGAUGCCAUUGAUGCAUUUGGCAAAUUGAGCUCCACCGUUGCACGUGUCUGGGGUAACAUCCUUGAUGGUGUUGUUGUUUGGGGACUCACCAAGCUCAUGGGCGAAUCCUUCAAGCUUCACGCACAGGCUUUGGUUGGCUACGAAGAUUCUUUGCAGGUCGCGAAAGACCAACCAUUGCAUCCCAUGCCUACCAAGAGCCUUGCCAGCGUGGGCACCGCAUACUAA